AUGAUGCGGUGUCGUGGUCUGGAGCCGACGUCGUGGGCCAGUCUGGAGCAAUCGAACAAGGACGUGCAGAGGGCGGACUGGGGACGCUCACGGCGAUGGCUCACAGUGGACUCUGCGAUGGGCGUAGACUCGCGGAAGAAUGGCGGGUGUCGAACAUGUCAGAGGGAGCAGAAAACGUCGUGGUCGCCGGGUGGAGAGGCAGGCGAGGUUGAGAUCACACUUGGAGUCUGUGGUGAGAUGCCGGGGCCUGUGCGGUCCACUCGCUCGUCAUUCGUCUUCGCGCGCCACGCCAACGACACGCGCCGAGCCAGUCUACUGUGCCUCCAGCCUCCGCCCGCCGUCUAUGGGCUGCGAAGAAUGCUUCCAGUGCAUGUGCAGUUCUUUACCCUGGCCGUCGUUGCGACCAAAAGCCAGCGUGCCGUGGCUAUCAUCAUGUCACCUGGCCAAUGUCGGGGCGUCCAGGCCAGCAGCUAG